AUGGACCUGCAGGCUGGUCACCCCAUGCAGGUCUGCAAGGCCAGUUCCGGUCCAUGCAGAGAAGGGUGCCUGGACCCCGACCUGGCAGUGGGGACAAGGGGUGGACCACUGACGUCUCUCCUUAUCAGGACCCCGGACGCAGGGUUGCCCUCGUCUGAACCUGGAGCUGCCUGGAAAGAUUUGGGAAACCUCAGGCUCUGGCAGAGACCCCAGCGGGAAGUCCGGGAGCUUCAAGUUGGGGAGCAGCAGUGCUCUGGGCGGAUCCUGGCCAAGGGCUUCCAGCUUGCUGUGGUCUGUGCUGCUGAGCCUACACCUCUGCUGCUUCCCUGCAUCCCUGGAAGAACUCGGGAGACUCUGGUGCCUCUGCCCGCCCAGGGCUGGCAGCUUCCCGAGGGAUCUGGGCCUUGGGGCUCCUCAGCUUGUGAACGCUCGCACAUUUGGGCCUUUCUGGGCACCCCUCUGCUGGGUUUGUCCUUCCAUCCGCAGAAGAAGCCACAGAGCGGAGCCCUACGCCACGUAGCAGAAACCGAGAGGCGCUUCCGCCUGGGCCGGGACCUCGGAGCCUGCCGGGAGGGUCGCACACCCGCGGGCACCCACCGGCCGCCGCCCCGCCGGCCCUUCCUUCCGCCCGGCCGAGGCCCCGACGCUGCGCUCCGAGAUGCCCUAAGAGUCGCAGAGAGGCCCCGGGCAGCGCAGGCGCCCGCUCAGCUGCGAGGGAAGAUGUGCCCCCGAGGACUGGCACUUGCCCUGGCCAGCUGCCUACUGCUGGGCCUCACCUGUGACUCGGUGCCCGACCGUGUGCCACGUGAGCACCCAGACCCACCGGAGAAGCCAGAGGGAACCACAGAGCCUUUGCUGGACCACACAGUGCGGGCGGAGGAAAGUCACGGAAAAUACAGCCCCAGGCAGGAUGAGGAGACCCCCGCCCGUCAAUGCUUCCGCUGCUGUGAUCCCAGCCCCCCGGUGCACCCCCAGAUCAACAUCACGAUCCUGAAAGGCGAGAAGGGCGAUCGCGGCGACCGCGGCCUGCAGGGCAAGGCGGGCAAGGCGGGCUCGGCGGGCGGCCGGGGCCACGCGGGCCCCAAGGGGCAGAAGGGCUCGGCGGGGGCCCCGGGCGACCGCUGCAAGGCGCUGUACGCCGCCUUCUCGGUGGGCCGCAGGAAGCCCCUGCACAGCGCCGCCUACUACCAGCCGCUCAUCUUCGACACGGCCUUCGUGAACCUGUACGAGCACUUCAACAUGUUCAGCGGCCGCUUCUGCUGCUACGUGCCGGGCGUCUACUUCUUCAGCCUCAACGUGCACACGUGGAACCAGAAGGAGACCUACCUGCACGUCAUGCGCAACGAGGCGGCGGCGGCCAUCCUGUACGCGCAGGCCGGCGAGCGCAGCAUCAUGCAGAGCCAGAGCCUGCUGCUCGAGCUGCGCGAGCGCGACGAGGUGUGGGUGCGCCAGUUCCGCGGCGAGCGCGACAACGCCGUCUUCGGCGACGAGUUCGACACCUACGUCACCUUCAGCGGCUACCUGGUCAAGCCCGCGCUGGAGCCCUAGCC